UUCGCCGUCAGAAGGAUAGCUAACCCAUCCUCCUGCAGAUAUUUUAGAGCUCCCUCUCUCCCUUUCUCCCUGCAGCGCAGAAUAAGGUGCUGCGCAGCACAAACAGUGGUGAUGGGUGCGUAGGUUAAGAAAAUUCAAGGGCAAAUUAGCAAGAAAACAUCGCCACCAAAACUGUGAUAUGCUUGGUGUACUUUGCGCACGCCCCAAGCCUAAUUGGAUCCUCAACUCUCUCUUCACUCAUUUCCACCUCAACCACCACCACCACCACAACAGUAACAACCGCCUCUCUUUGCACCUAUCCGGCUCCUCCACCGCGGCUCGCCGCCGCCACUCUAGCUUGUGCAGCGCUGAUUCAGGCUGCGGAGGAGCGGCGGCGAUAUGGCACGUGAUUCAGCCGGCUGAUUGGCGGAGGAGGACAGAGAGGAGGAGUGUGAGAGGGGAGGGGUCGUGGAACGCGGCGUGGGAUGGGAGACCGGCGAGGUGGCUCCACCGGCCUGACUCGGCUUGGUUGUUGUUCGGCGUUUGUGCUUGCCUUGCUCCGGCGAUCGAGUUCUUGAGUGAUGUGAAUAACAUCGAUGAUGUUGAUCAUCAGGAGAAAGAGAGAAUUGACGGUGGUGAUUUGAAUGCGAGUUCUGAUGACGCGAAACAGGAUAGCAGUGACGCUACUGUUGGUGCUGAUUAUAAAGUUACAGGGGUGCUGGCGGAUGGGCGAUGUCUAUUUAGAGCAAUAGCUCACAUGGCUUGUUUGAGAAAUGGAGAGGAGGCCCCUGAUGAAAAUCGCCAAAGAGAACUUGCUGAUGAAUUAAGAGCUCAAGUUGUUGAUGAGCUUCUAAAGAGGCGGGAAGAAACUGAAUGGUUCAUUGAAGGAGAUUUCGAUGCAUAUGUCAAGAGAAUUCAACAACCUUAUGUAUGGGGUGGGGAACCUGAGUUGUUAAUGGCUUCUCAUGUUUUAAAGACAAUGAUAUCAGUGUUCAUGAGAGAUAGGACAACGGGUAAUUUGGUAAACAUAGUAAAUUACGGUGAAGAGUACCAGAAAGAUGAAGUCAAUCCCAUUAAUGUGCUGUUUCAUGGAUAUGGUCACUAUGACAUACUGGAGACCACCCCGGGUCAGAGUUGACAGAAAGCGGACAUUUAGAUAUUGAUGUGGUUUAUUAUAAUUGUUACAUGCCUUGGAUCAGUUCAAUCAAAAUAAGAACCUGUCUCAACUUGGAUCAGUUCAAUCAAAAUAAGAACCUAUCUCAACUUCGAUAGAUUUGCUUCUGCAACCUCAGUUCGAGCAAUAGACUUGGAAACUUUUUGUAGGAUCCGGGAUUUUUAUUACAAUUUUUGAAUUAUAGAUCAAUACCACAAGAGUUUUCUCUGGA